UAUCAGUACGCGGUGACGCGGCUUUAGAAGUGGUUGUGUAUAAAAUAUUUUCAUCGAAUAUCAAGAAUUGUAUUGUAACAAUGAUUAAAAAUAAUGUGGUUUACGGAGGACCGGUCCUUAAGGUGGACGCCCAUUUGUCUUUCGGACAAUAUAUUAUAGACAGGUUACAAGAUAACAGUCAAGAAGAAGACGCAGUAGCACUGAUUAACGGUGAAACAGGAAACAAAACAACAUUUAAAGAAAUACUCCAAGAAACCGUUAACGCUGCAACCGGAAUGAAAAAAAUUGGGGUGAAGCGUGGAGAUGUCAUAGCAUUCUGUGGCGAAAAUAUAAAUGAAUUCUUUAUAGGUAUCUUGAGCACUAUUUGCUGUGGUGCCACUGUUACAACAUUGAAUGUAAUGUACUCGGAAGAUGAAAUCAAUCACGUUUUGAACAUAUCAAAACCAAGUAUGAUAUUUGGUUCUGAAAUAGCAUUCAAAAGAAAUUUAGGUGUUUUCAAAUCACUACCCUUCAUCAAAAAUUUUGUACAAUUGAACGGCAGUCCAGUGGAGCGGGGAAUCCAGACAUUCAACUCGUUAUUGCUGCCAACCGAUCCUAAUAUGUACGAGCCGGCACUAGAGGCCCGUGGCGAUGACACAGCAUUCAUUCUAUAUUCUUCAGGCACAACUGGUCUGCCUAAAGGAGUAAUGCUAACACAUCUCAACGCUUUGUAUACUUCAGAAGUUUUUGAGCACGGUGAAUUGAAUGUUGUUGAUAAAAGUUGUUACACUUUGCUUACCAUCGUGCCAUGGUAUCAUGCGUAUGGAUUGAUGUCAACUAUAAAUAAUGUACUUUUAAAGAAUACUUCGGUUUAUUUGUCUGGUUUUAAUCCUUUGCAGUACUUGAAGUGUAUUCAAGAUUAUAAGGUCAAUGUUUUAUUAGUUGUUCCGCCUAUAGUCGUGUUUUUAGCGAAGGCUCCAAUUGUAGGAAAAUUUGAUUUAUCUUCAGUUAACAAAAUAUGGUGUGGUGCCGCUCCUCUUAAUUCGGAAACUAUUAAUGAAACUCUGAAAAGAUUGCCAAACUGUGAAGGAAUUUUCCAAGGAUACGGUAUGACGGAGACUUCUCUCGCGGCGACAAAAGAUAUAAACAAAGAUGAUGUUGUGCGCAAGUCUGGCAGUGGGGGUUAUGUUCUACCGGGCAUUCGUGCCAAGGUGGUAAAUAUAGAAACCCGUGAAAGAUUGGGACCGUAUUGCGAAGGUGAAAUUUGCUUCAAAGGACCCGUUAUAAUGAAAGGCUAUGCAAAUAACAAAAAAGCAACUGCUGAAAUAACUGACGAUGAAGGGUAUCUAAAUACUGGAGACAUCGGAUACUACGAUGAUGACGGCUGCUUCUUCGUUGUGGAUCGACUGAAAGAACUCAUCAAAUACAAAGGACACCAGGUAGCCCCAGCAAUGAUAGAGCGCGUACUGCUGCAACACAGCGACGUGUUAGAGUGCGGAGUGGUGGGAGCGCCCGACGAGUUGGCUGGCGAGCUGCCCACCGCCUUCGUAGUGCCCAAGCCUGACGUCACGCUCACAGAAAGAGAACUGCUAGACUUUACUAAUGAACGGUUGUCAUCUACAUCAAGACUUCACGGUGGUAUUAUUUUCGUCAAAGAAAUACCAAAAAACGCGUCGGGAAAAAUACUGCGGCGUGUACUCAAACAAAGAAUUGCAGAAAUGAAGAAAAGCAAAUUAUAAUUGAAGUCACUUCAGUGGUCAAUUUUAUUCUGUAAUAUAAUUUGUGGACUAUCUUCUCUCUGAUCAAAGGGAUAUAAAAACUAUCAUUAUCCUCUUCAGUGACAUUGGCACAAAUUAUUUAUAUUUUUGUCUCUACGCUAAAUGGCCACAUUUUAUUACCUAUAAGUGGGCAUAAUUUUCCUAAUAAAUAUUCACUAUUUCUUCUAGUUAUUG